CAGUGAAAAGCUCCUGUUUUCAGACACAGAUAAGUCAUCGUCACUCAUUCUUUCUUUUCUGCUGCUUUUAUUCAGAUCGGGAAGAGGGAAGACGAGGAGAUUUGGAAGGAUGCUGUGAUGGAGGGGCAGGAAAAGAGAACACUCACGACUGCAGCAGCUCCCAGCUGUCCCGCUGACCUGUGAUCAGCCAUGCGACCCCUGCAUCGCCCCUUGAGGGACAACCCCUCCUCAUGUGUGGGACUGUUUACUGACAUGCAUUUGGAAGAAUAACUAAACCCACCCCCUCACAUCAGAAAUGGCAGUAGCUUUUGUUGGCUAUGACACCUUAGAGUACGACUUGGAGCACAGGUGAGGCUCAGCCUCCACGCACGUCCCCAGCAGGACUCUCACUGGAGCUACAAAGCUAAUGACUUUUAAAGGAAGACAAAGUCACCUCCCGGCUUUAAUGAUUUAAUAUCCCCGCGUUCCCUGUUGACAAGGUCAACCAUGGCUGCUGCUGCUGCUGCUGCUCCUUAUCGCAUCGGUUCCUUGACGGGGCGAGGAGCAAACUGAGAAAGGACAACAAUGCAACGCAACGGCGGUGGGGUGGGAGCGGGCGGGCAGCCGUGGGUGUUGCGGCGCGUGCGGCUCACGUGGCUCAGUUUCAUGCUCUUCUUCAUCCUGGUCUUCUUCCCGCUCAUCGCCCACUACUACCUCACCACCAUCGACGAGGCCGGCGGCCCAGACAAGCGCAUCUUCGGGCCGCGGCCCGGCGGGGAGCUGUGCGAGGCCAAGCACGUGCAGGACCUGUGCCGCAUCCGCGAGUCGGUCAGCGAGGAGCUGCUGCAGCUGGAGGCCAAGAGGCAGGAGCUCAACGGCGAGAUCGCCCACCUCAACCUGCGCAUCGAGGCCUGCAAGCGCAGCAUCGACAGCGCCAAGCAGGACCUGCUGCAGCUGAAGAACGUCAUCAGCCAGACCGAGCACUCCUACAAGGAGCUGAUGGCCCAGAACCAGCCCAAGCUGUCGCUGCCCGUCAGGCUGCUGCCCGACAAGGAGGACGCGGGGCUGCCGCCGCCCAGGUCGGCGCGCUCCUGCCGCCUGCGCUCCUGCUUCGACUACGCGCGCUGUCCCCUCACGUCCGGAUUCCCCGUCUACGUCUACGACACCAGCUCCUACCCGUGGGGGGAGCGCCUCGACCCGCUGGUGAAGCAGGCGUUUGCCGCCUCCGUCAAAAGCAACAUUUACGUGACGGACAACCCCGCCAUCGCCUGUCUGUAUCUAGUGCUGGUGGGGGAGAUAGUGGAGUCCUCGUCCCCUCCGCCUUCUCCUUCAGAGCUGGAGAAACAGCUGAAGGCCCUGCCCUACUGGAGGUCCGACGGACACAACCACCUACUGGUGCAUCUCUCCAGGAAGUCCAUGACCCAGAACUUCCUGUAUAACGUGAGCACGGGGCGAGCGGCGGUGGCUCAGUCCACCUUCCUGGAGCAGCAGUACCGCGAAGGCUUCGACUUGGUCGUGUCCCCGCUGGUCCACGCCCUCUCGGAACCGAACUUUUUGGAAGUGCCGCCUCAAGUCCCCGUGAAGAGGAAGUACCUCUUCACCUUUCAGGGCGAGAGGGUGGAGUCUCUGAGGAGCAGCCUGCAGGAGGCCCCCCCUCAGUCCUUCGAGGAGGAGAUGGAGGGGGAUCCGCCGGCCGACUACGAUGACCGGAUAAUCGGCACUUUGAAAGCGGUGCAAGACAGCCACCUGGAUCAGGUGCUGGUGGAAUUCACCUGCAAGAAGCCGAGGUCUAGUCUGCCGACAGAGUGGGCUCUCUGCGGGGAGAGGGAGGACAGGCUGGAGGUGCUCAAAGCCUCCACCUUUGCCCUGGUGAUCGCCCCCGGGGAUGGGCAGCUGGUGGCCUCAGCGGGCUGUGGCAUGAGGCUGUUCGAGGCUUUGGAAGUGGGGGCCAUCCCGGUGGUGUUGGGGGACCACUCCAGAUUACCCUACCAUCAGUUCAUCCGCUGGACUGAAGCCGCCAUCACGGUCCCCAAGCCCCGAGUCACAGAGCUUCACUUCCUGUUGCGCAGCCUGUCGGACAAUGACAUGUUGACCAUGAGGCGGCAGGGACGCUUCAUCUGGGAGACCUACUUUUCAACGUCGGAGAAUGUUCUCAACACGAUCUUGGCCAGCAUCAGAACCAGCGUCCAGGUCCCUGCUGCUCCCAUCAAGGACGAGCCGGCCCAAGAGAUCCCCCACAAAGCCGGGAAGCUGGCCGGAACCGAUGCCAACCUGGCCGACAAUGGCGAUCUGGAUCUGGGUCCAGUGGAGACGGAGCCCCCUUACGCCUCUCCUCGCUUUCUCCGCAACUUCACGUACACAGCUGCAGAUACCUACAGAGCAUGGAACCGGGCCCCGGGGCCCUUCCAUCUGUUCCCCCACACUCCUCUGGACCCCGUGCUGCCCUCCGAGGCCAAAUUCCUCGGCUCUGGCACUGGUUUCAGGCCCAUUGGAGGAGGAACGGGAGGUUCCGGGAAGGAAUUUCAGGCUGCCCUGGGUGGAAAUGUUCCCCGAGAGCAGUUCACGGUGGUCAUGCUGACUUAUGAGAGGGAGGAGGUGCUGAUGAACUCACUGGAGAGGCUGAAUGGACUGCCAUACCUCAACAAGGUGGUUGUGGUGUGGAACUCGCCUAAGCCUCCUUCAGAUGACCUGUUGUGGCCGGACAUUGGGUUGCCUAUUGUGGUGGUCCGCACAGAAAAAAACAGCCUCAACAACCGCUUCCUUCCCUGGGACGUCGUAGAAACCGAGGCCAUCCUCUCCAUCGAUGAUGAUGCUCACCUUCGCCACGAUGAGAUCAUGUUUGGAUUUAGGGUUUGGCGCGAGGCCCGGGACCGCAUCGUGGGUUUCCCCGGGAGGUACCACGCGUGGGACGUCAACCACCAGUCCUGGCUCUACAACUCCAACUACUCCUGUGAGCUGUCCAUGGUCCUGACGGGAGCGGCCUUCUUCCACAAGUACUACGCCUACCUGUACUCCUACGUGAUGCCCCAGGCCAUCAGGGACAUGGUGGACGAGUACAUCAACUGCGAGGACAUCGCCAUGAACUUCCUGGUGUCCCACAUCACCCGAAAACCGCCCAUCAAGGUGACCUCCCGCUGGACGUUCCGCUGCCCCGGCUGCCCUCAGGCCCUCUCCCACGACGACUCGCAUUUCCACGAGCGUCACAAGUGCAUCAACUUCUUCGUCAAGGUUUACGGCUACAUGCCGCUGCUCUACACGCAGUUCCGCGUGGACUCCGUGCUCUUUAAGACCCGCCUGCCCCACGAUAAGACUAAAUGCUUCAAGUUCAUCUAGCGUGGCGGCGAGGCAGCUCAGCAGGGAGCCGGACCGAAGGACUGGACGUAUUUAAAGAGAGCUAAAGCUCGCCGCGAUGAAGAUUGACGGGUGGACCGCGGGAUAAAUGUACAGGAGGAAACUCAAAGGCUCCCAUUUCGCAGAGGUGGAUCGACCGGUUAACCUUAACAGCCGUUGGGCCCACAAAUCUUAACGAAAUGUUAAAGAGUGGAAGCCUAAAGGGACUAACGGCCAAGAAAAAACGAGCCUCUCCAGUGGACGCCGCUCCUCUUAUUCCACGCUCUCCAAUCAUGCUCCAUCACCAACCACUAACUACAGAAGUCAUUUGCACCUCUUAGCUGCCUGCAGAGUAGAGGAGGCGGUUGUACAGAGUGUAGAGAAACUCCCUCGGGAGCAGAAUAACCGACGCCAACCGCCUCCCGGUUUCAGCUGAGAACACUUUACAGUUCCGAACUGUACGUCCUGUACGGGAGAAGCACUGACGGUCAGAUGUAUUUUAUGGAACUCUUUCUUUUUUUAAAAAGAAACAAACACAAAAUCAUGUUUAAAUGUGUAAAUCUCUUACGUGGAGUGAACACUUUUAAGAACCUCUGCCUGUGGGGAAACUAGAGCGGGGCUGAACUUCGGCCACGGCCCCACCACGUGCUCCCGAGGGUCCGGCGGUCACCGUGAUGCCUCAACUCUGUAGUGACAAACCAGCCAUCACUUCGUCAUCUGAUUACGCUUAGAUGAUCCGCACUCCGUGCAAAUGAAAACCUUUUUAUUUUUUCUAUUCCGUGGGUAGUUCGCCGUCUGUAAAAGUGGUCCGAGUUUGAAGAAAAAAACGCAUCUAAAUGUAGAAAUUUAUGACCAAACUGUCACCAUGUUCAUAGUUUUAAACAAACAAAAAAAAAGCUGUCAAAAUCCACAAAAAAAUAAGGCUUUGAUGUUGAGACCUUAACCAUGCAGAAAGGUAUGAGGUAGAAAUAUGGAAAAGUCUGGUGUUUGAUUUCACCUGCUUGCUUUCUGGGGGAGACCAGCACGUCCGGCUGUAAACUCUACAACCACCGUUGAAGUGUUAGCCAAGCUUCUAAUAGCACAAGCAAAGCUCUCCAUUUAACGCAUUAUGUCUCGUUUUUAUUAGUGGAGACACGCUUUGUGUUCACGGUAUUUCCCAGCUCUUAAAAAGUUGCUUAGCAACCCGCAGAAAACUCCUGGAACUCGGUGAACCCCAGAAAGGAAAUAGUCCAGCACACAACCACUCAUAACCCGCAAUCUGUCCCCUCAAUUGGAUUCUUUAGUUUCACCGCUGUUCCGACUUAACGAGAGCUAAUGUGUUCUUGUUUGGGUUUUUUUUUUUAUUGCUGCUGGUUUUUGUAGGCUAACGGAUCGCAGGCAGCUUUUUCAGUCUAAUCGUGCGAUUCUCCAUCAGAAGGCAAACAAGCAUUUUCCUUUCAUUGUAGAGGGGGCUCAUUUUAAUGUACAAGUCGCAGAACAUAUAGUAGACAAUUCCCUCCCCACAGAGAAAUGGCCCGCCUCAGACGGAAACAUCACUUUAUAGUGUCGCCAUAUUGGCUCCACUUUGUCUUAUACCUUUGCUCGAUGAAUGUUUUUCUUUGCCAAAUAGGUACGACGUCUGCAGCUUUACAGCAGAGUAUGAGGGGUGCUUGUUAAAGGGACUCAGUCUGGUACACCCAUAUACUCCUCCCACCCCCCCCCAUAUGGUACUUCAGUCACACCACUGGAGCCUAACCUCUCAUAUAUUAUGAAGCCUUCCUUUGACUUUUUGAGAUCCUGAUCAAAAGAGUAAUUUUAAGAAGGUAAUCAUGUUUUUUUUCUUUGAGGAUCCUUUUACAAAACACAAAUUACACAGUUCUUGUAUAUUUAUUGAAUAUAUUAUUAAAAAAAGAUGUUUUUUUUUGUUUUUGUUUUUUUACUGAGACAUGCAAUAAAAUGACACCUAGUUUAUUUUUGCCUAAUCGCACAGAUUACCAAACCUGAUGAAGUAACUUCAUAGCCAUUGAAAGUGAUCUGGUGCCUCUCAUUGGGAUGACUUUAAAACCACCCCCCACCCCUUUUUUUUCUCCACGUGGCUACCGCUACUUUGUGAUGCCUCCAGCGAAACACACAAAUAUUGAAUCGGGCCCGUUUACCCAGGUAAAACAAGUAGCCACUGGUGUGCAAAAUGACCAAAACCACCCUUUCCCCCUCAUUUCCACACUUAAAAAAACGCCUGGCUCCUGGCCUCCACACAUCUGAGCCCUUUUUAUUUUAGCUCCAGGGGGCCUCCUGAUUACCUGUCGGACUCCAAACAAGUCCUCUGGGCUCAGUAGGGGUCAGCCGGUGUUCCGUGGUCAACCCCCCCCCACACCUUACCCCUGGAGGAUCUGUGACCCAGCUGGUUUUCUGUGGCCGGGGGCUGUGGUGUACAGGGCAGUGAGACUGUAGCAGUGAGUCUGAUCCCAGCCGUGGAGCUCCACUGCUGCCCAGAAUAACGACCGAUGACAACGUCAAACAUACCAUUGAAGGCCCAAUGAAUGGAAAUAAAAACUCGACAUUGUUUUUAAAAAAAAAAAAAAAAAAAAAGCCUCCUGUAUUCAUUCUUACUUUUUAAAGCUCCUGAAUUAGUGAGUUGGAACCAAAACCUCUGACUGGUACUUCAGUUUAUGUCCUGUAA